GCAUUUUCGGAAUCUGGCAAAAAAUGCAGUGGAAGAACAAAAGUCGAGGCUGGUAAUAUCAAGCAGUUCGAACUAAAGGACCCUCCUUCCUUUCUCAUGCAGCCAUUGGUGUCUGUUGCUUUUUGCUCACCUCACCAACAUUUUUGUUCAUACUGAUAAAUUUGAUGGAAGCCUUGAUGAGUGCGAAUAUUGUGAAAGUUCCUGUUUGUCAUGUAAAGCAAUGUAAUCACUCUUUACUCACUUCCUCUUCUCCGAGAUUAAUUGGAAAGCUACAUCGGAGUGCAUUCGGGAUGAUAAAGAGCUCAAAAUUGACGAAUUCAGUUGCUGCUUCAAUCCAGCCACUAGAAGCUUCAAUCACUGAACGCUUUGACAACACUCUACCAUCCAAAGAAGUACUUGACUUAUGGAGAAAUGUAGAUGCUGUUUGUUUUGAUGUGGAUAGCACUGUGUGCGUAGAUGAAGGUAUUGAUGAAUUUGCCGAGUUUUGCGGAGCUGGAAAAGCAGUUGCAGAGUGGACAUCAAGAGCAAUGAAUGGAUCUGUUACCUUUCAAGAGGCACUAGCUGCUAGGCUAUCCUUAAUAAACCCAACCCUUGCCCUACUCCAGGAUUACCUAGAAAAGAGGCCUCCAAGACUUUCUCCUGGCAUGGCAGAGCUGGUUAAGAAGCUUAAGGCUAGGAACGUUGAUGUUUAUCUUGUCUCAGGAGGCUUCCGUCAGAUGAUUAAUCCUGUUGCAUCGAUCCUUGAAAUUCCACUCAAAAACAUCUUUGCCAAUCAACUGCUUUUUGGAGACUCAGGAGAGUUUCUGGGGUUCGAUGAAAAUGAGCCUACUUCAAGGAGUGGAGGGAAACCCGUGGCAGUUCAACGGAUACGGAAGGCUCAUGGGUACAAAACAUUAGGCAUGAUUGGUGAUGGGGCAACGGAUCUUGAGGCUCGUCAACCAGGAGGUGCUGAUUUUUUCAUCUGCUAUGCUGGAGCUCAACUUCGAGAUGCUGUUGCUGCGAAAGCUGACUGGCUAGUUUUUAAUUUUAAAGAUCUUAUUAAUUCCCUGGAUUAGCUUCGUCUUCAAGCAAAUUUAUCACCGUUUUUUUCUCAUAUCCCGCUCGUCUAGUGCCCUCUUCAGAGUGGGGAAGCAAGGGUUUAUUUUCACUUAAGUAUUAGAUAGAUGCACCCCUUAUAUCACAUUUGUUGUAAUAUUAUCCUAUUUUUAAAGGGUAUGCCACCCCAUUCAUUGAAGACUGGAUAAAACCCUUACAGGUUUACUGGCUGUACGCAUGAAUAAGAGAUAUUAGGAUUCAUGCAAUACAUGAUUGUUGUAUUUAUGUUUAUCUACAGAGUGUUUGUUUUCUGUAAGCAAUCCAAUAUUGAUUAAAUCGUCAA